AUGCGCUUCAUUGAAUGCCCCCCCUUGACGCGGCUAUGUGCAUUGCUGCACAAUUUGGAUGUGGGAGAUCGAGUAAUAAGAGGUCGUCUCGAGCUGCUCUCGACAGCGGAAGGGGGUCCGCAGGAGAGGAAUUUGAUGGAGAGGAUCGAGUCGGAAUUGCAUUCCUCCCCUCUCUUCGCUGCAUCUUCGCCUCCGCCGUUGCUGCUGUCGCCACUGGCUGCCACUGCGAGCAGCAGCAGCGGAAGCAGCAGCAGCAGCGGCGGCAGCAGCAGCAGGCGGCAGCAAGAUCCUAGGCACCCCACAGCAAAAGGAAGGGAGCUUCUGGUUAAUCUGAUCAGCACACUGAACCAGUGCUUCCCAGACUUCGAAUUCAGCAGCACGCUGACACCCGCGAUGUUUCGUGAGGAACCGAGUGUAUACGCAGUGCAAGCAGACAUUAAUGAGCGGCUGGCUAGUGUUGAACGUGUUCUUCCUGGCUUUAUUUAUCAGCUGUGGGAGGCGAUUGGAUCCGCAGUGUCGCUUGGGGGGUGCUCGGUGUACAGUCACAUGGCGAGUGGAUCGGAGGAUCCGACGCCUCUGAUUUCGCUGUUUGCUCCUAUUGGCGGAGGAGGGGGCGCUGCAUCCCCCAUGGUGUCGCUCUCCUCCUUCUUUUACUUCUUCCUAGAUCGCCAGCGGUGCAGACUUCUCUUUUUCGCUUGUGGUAGCAACUGCAAGCUUAGCAGCCCUUGCUGGCUGAAUGGGGGUGAGGGUGAAGGCACCGAAGCCGUGGAAGAUACAGAUGAAGUGGAUAUUGGUGAGGUGUACGGAGCAGAAGUGCCGGUGCAAGUGGAGGCUGAGGCUGUGGAAGAGGCAGACAGUCUCUCCGAUCUCGAGUUGCCCUCGUCUGCGUGUGCCUACGCCUGA